AUGGCCACGCUUGCUUCGAAUAAGUGGUACCAGUGGUAUCUUCAUGAGGUUAAGAGCGGAAAACUUGUAUUGCCUGACUACGAAACAAAUGAAGAUGAUGAGCUGAAGAUUUUCUAUGGUGAACUCUUCUGUCAGGUCCUAGACUGCGUAAGAGCUCAGAAAAAAUAUACCGCGAUGAACAAUCUCCAUACCCAUUUGCUCACCCAUGACGGCAUCAAACUGGAAAAGGGGCUGGCUGGCAGACGUGUGAAAUAG